CGCCAAAGAUUCCAUGGAUUCUGAAGGCGAGGGUUUCUACAGCAGCAGUAGUGAUACGGCGGCGGAUGACAGCUUCGCUGAUUACGCCGCCGUCAGCCGCCGCCAGAAACCCUACAAAAUCCUAACAGAGGGCGACAUCCAGCAACUCCUCGAUGACGAUAUCUCCACAGUUUCCGACGUUCUCUCCGUCUCGAGAGGCGCCGCCUGCACCUUCCUCUGCCAGAAUAAUUGGAAUCUCAGCUCCGUCUACGACAAAUUUUUCGCCACCGACGACAGGAAUCACCAAACCGCCGCGUCGUCGUCGUCGUCGCAGCGAGAAUUAGGGCAAAAUCUGUGCAAGAUAUGUUACGACGAAAUCAGCCCCCAAAACACGGUCUCCGCCGCCUGCGGCCAUCCCUUCUGCGCCGAUUGCUGGAAAACCUACGUCGCGGCGGCGAUCGACGACGGCGCCGGAUGCCUGACGUUGCGGUGUCCGGAGCCCGGCUGCGGCGUCGCCGUAGGCGUAGAUCUGAUUGAAUCGCUGGCCUCCACCGACGGCAAGGAGAAGUACCAUAGAUAUCUCCGCCAAUCCUACGUGGAGGCCAGCCGCCGGAGAGAGUGGUGCCCCGCCCCGGGAUGCAAUUUCGCCGUCGAAUUCGACGGAGGCGGAGGCGGCGGAGGCUACGACGUGACGUGCGGCUGCUCUCACAAAUUCUGCUGGAACUGCGGGGAAGAGCACCACCGCCCCGUCGGCUGCGAGACGGUGGCGAGCUGGUCGGAGAAGAACAAUUCGGAGGCGGAGAACACGCAGUGGAUCCUCGCCUACACCAAACCCUGCCCCAAAUGCCGCCGCUCCAUCGAGAAAAACCAAGGCUGCAAUUGGAUGACGUGUCGCCCCCCCUGCGGAUUCCGAUUCUGCUGGCUCUGCGGCCAGGACUCGAGGUUCCACUCCCGCUGCAACAAAUACGGCGGCGCCGCCGCCGGCUAUAAAAAGAAUGCUAAGAGAGAGAAGGCGAGGAAGGAUCUGCAGAGAUACACGCAUUACUACGAGCGGUGGCACGCCAACGAGCAGUCGAGGAAGGCGGCCGUGAAGGAUCUGAAGACGUGGAGAGACGACGACGGCGUCUCUAAGCUCGGCGAGGCGCAAGCGGAGGCGCCGGCGCAGCUGCAGUUCGUGACAAAGGCGUGGGAGCAGAUUGCGGAGUGCCGGCGCGUGCUGAAAUGGAGCUACGCCUAUGGUUACUACAUGGAGAGGGAGGCGCCGAAGAAGGUGGCGUUGUUCGAGCAUUCGCAGGGGGAGGCGGAGAAGCAGCUGGAGCGGCUGCACCACUGCGUGGAGAAGGAGAUGGGGGAGUACCUCCGGCGACAGAGGGAGGAUUUCCAGGAAUUUAGGGUUAGGGUUGUUGAUCUGACUGUGGUGACCGGGAAUUAUUUUGAGAAUUUGGCGAGGGAUUUGGAGAAUAAUCGAGCGGAAGUUGUGGGUGGCGGCGGCGGCCGGAAUGGUUUGAAGAAGAAGAUGAAGAAGGAUGACGAUGAGAGGAAGGGUUUGGAGAAGAAGAGAAGGAAGAAGAAGGAUGAUGAUGAGAGGAAUGUUCCUAGGAAAAGAGUAACUUAUGCUUCUAGGUAUUCUCGUAAUUAAGUAUUGAUGAUGAACGUGCACGUUUGUUUUGGAUGAUUAUUAUUGUGAGGAGUGUAUAGUUUUUUUUUUUUGGUUUUAGGAUUAUUGAGAUUGUUUCAAUAGUAAGCUGAUGAUUAGAAAAUCAUAGACUAUUCAUUAAUUUAUGCAUGUUGAAUUAUGAAAUUUUUGGUAGUACAAUAUUCUUGUUAUUGGUUUUGGUGAAAUAUGGAAAACAUUGAAGAUCUAUGAAGAUGUAGUUGAGCAAUGAAUAUUGCCUAUGUAUUCAAGAGCUUUAUUUUGUACUCCCUCUGUCCCAAUAAUAUAG